AUGGAGGUUUUUCAUGGAGAAUCUGGUCUAUUCUCAUCGAUGGUGGCUAGGGUUUCGUCGCCAUGCUCUGAUACCAUGUUGAAAAAGAGAGAAGUUGAGAGAGAUUCUUUUGAGUUUGUGAGGCAUGUCCUAGCAGAUUUUGUAGGGUUGUCUGGGUUAGUUGCAAAUGUUGGAAAGAGUUCCAUGUUUGUUGUGGGUAUGGAAUCUGGGGAGGCGGAGGAACUAGCUGCAUUUAUGGGUUUCUCUCUUGGUUCGCUGCCUGUUAGGUACUUGGGUUUACCUUUAUUGGUGGGUCGGUUGAGGGCUGAGGAUUAUGCUCCUUUGAUUCAGAGGAUUAUAGCUCGUAUUAGAAACUGGGCAGCAUGGUCCCUCUUCUUUGUUGGGAGGUUACAGCUUGUUAGGUCUGUCUUACAAUCCUUUCAGGGUAGUGCAAUGAGUCAGGGUGGUGCACGGGUGGCAUGGGAUGAGGUGUGCUUGCUGUUGGGCGAGGAGAGGUUGGGUGUGAAGCAUGUGGCAUCUUGGAACCAGGCUGCUAUUAUGAAGCUACUCUGGCUUCUCUUAAUUAAACCAGGGAGUAGUUUGGAGGCGCGGUUGUCGGAAUUCAUGGAUGGUGAGGGAGGUUGGAGUUGGCCUACAGUGUCUUGGGAACUUCUUGAGAUCUGGGGUCUUAUUCAGGCAGUGGAGCCGAGGGUGAUAGGGGAAGAUUAUUGGGUGUGGGUACCGGAUCGAAGGGUCAAUUUUCUAUCGCUAGUGCGUGGGAGAGUUUGCGUCCAAGGGUGUCUUGGGCUAGUAUUUUAUAGGCGAGGGGUGGUAUUCCGUGUCACUCCUUCUAUGCGUGGUUAG